AUGCGCCACGGAUCAGUUCUCGUAGCCAUCACGGCUACCUUGUUCGCAUGCCAUGUUUCGGCAAAGAACGUCCCCUCAGCCCUCAAAGCCUUCUACAACAAGGCCAGAAGCGGCGGCGAUUGCACCGGUGCCGACGCUCUCCAAGCGGGCUUCUACAACACCGAAUGGAGCGGCGGUCAGACAACCUACUGCACCAAAUACCUCCCUACCGGCAUGGGCUUCUACCUCAAGGGUCCCGGGUCCGACCUGGCAAACAUGGACAUCGACUGCGAUGGGGAGCAGAGCAGCGGUGACGUACGCUGCAAGUCGUCAACCGACACACAAGGCCAGACACGGUGGGGUCUGAGACACCUCGAAAAGUACGGGGUCAGGGAUCUCAACGCGAAUAUCCACCCGUAUGUCGUCCUGGGAAACGAGGGCAGCUACAGCCCGACGUUUGACCCGCGCACGGUUGGCGUCGAGCCCCUGAGCAUUGUGGCCGUCGUGUGCGGCGACGAGCUCGUCUACGGGGUUUGGGGCGACACCAACGGGGACGACAACGAGCAUCCCAUGGUUGGAGAAGCCAGUCUGGCGCUGGCGACCGCGUGCUAUGGCCCGAGUAUCGGCGGUAACAGCGGCCACGAUGAGGCCGAUGUGUUGUACAUUGCUUUUGCGGGCAAGGAGGCUGUGCCUGCCAGCGCCAAGUGGGACGCAGACAGCUACGAGGCGUUCGAGGGGAGCAUCACUGCGCAGGGGGAUGAGUUGGUCGCGCAAUUGUUUGGCGACAAGUCAACAACGACCAGUGACUCUGAUCCUCAACACGCGACUUCAUGGGGUAACGGCGACAACGACGACGAUGACUCGAAACACGAACACAAGUCCGGCGGCCGGCGAAACACGAUACCACGACUUUGCUUCAUUGGGAUCGCCUUGAUUGCCCUGGCCUGA